AUGAAGAUUUCAAAAGCAUGUGUCCUCGCUCUCAUCACCUUCUUCACCCCGAACACCGCAGUGGUGAUUCCAGAAACCUCUACUCGAGACGGAGAUCUGGUCCCAUUCAACAUGACCACUGCCGAAAUCCCCCCACCAUUCGUCGUACUCUCCUCCUCUCCCUCCCCCACGAAGACCAAACGCGAUGAGGCCAAAGAAUCCUACAGAAUAAUCAAUGUGGUUCAGAAACCCUGGCCCUGGCAAAAAAAUAAACCAAAAGUAAAGCCCAAGGUUACACCACGUCCAUGCCCAUACCCAAAGACUCGCCCAUGCAUCACGCAAAAAGAGAUCGAUCAAGGAUGGCAUGAUAAGGCAGGAUGUUACAGCAGAUCCUGGUUUUUCACCUGGGGGUCUACACAUUGUUGGGACGCGGGAGAUGAUUGUGUUAAGCCAGAUUGCAGAUAUUAA